CGUUGUUCCGAGUGGACAGACACCUACUGCUGUAGUUCUAGAGAAUGGAAAAUUGCUAGGUAAAGUUCGUGAAACAACGAGACCAAUCGAUCCCGAACAGAAGGAGGUGAACGAACGACGUCUUGUCUUACCUUGCCUGGUUGUUGGCAAAUCAGCAGUUUUGGCGACUGGCUCUGGUUCUCGUUCGAAGGAAAGUGAAAAUCAGCGAUCAAAAUGGACGAGACCGUGAUGUUGAUACUGUUGGUGAUUGUGAUGCUGGUGGGGUCCUACCUGGCGGGUAACAUUCCGCUGGUUGUGACGUUGUCCGAGGAGAAACUGAAGAAUGUGUCGAUCUUCGGAGCAGGACUGCUGGUCGGCACGGCCCUCACGGUCAUCAUUCCGGAAGGAAUACGAUCGCUGUACGAUGAGAGCAAACUGGAAGCGAAAACUAUGGGGACUUCCGACGCUCCGGAUCACAAGCACAGCGCCGACGAGCACUCGUCAACGAUCGGCCUCUCGCUGGUGCUGGGAUUCGUGUUCAUGAUGUUGGUCGAUCAGGUGUCUUCCCGUCGGAGGGAAGGUUCGAACGAGCGCAAUUUGACUGCCACGAUCGGAUUGGUGGUUCACGCCGCGGCUGACGGAGUGGCCCUCGGGGCAGCGGCCACCACCAGUCAUUCCGACGUGGAAAUUAUCGUGUUCCUGGCCAUUAUGCUGCACAAAGCUCCCGCAGCUUUCGGCUUAGUUAGCUUCUUAUUGCACGAAGGAAUCGAACGCCAGCGGAUACGGAAGCACCUGCUAAUCUUCUCGCUGUCCGCCCCGCUCCUAACUCUGCUGACUUUCUUCGGAAUCGGAAGUGAGCAGAAGGAAACGCUCGAGUCGCUGAAUGCCACCGGCAUUGCGAUGCUGUUUUCCGCGGGAACGUUCCUGUACGUGGCCACGGUGCACGUGCUGCCGGAACUGACGCACAAUACCGGGCACGGAGGCCACCGAAGCGGUGGCCAUACUGAUUACAACCUCCUGGAGACUGCUUCCGGUAGCAAAGUGGUCGUUCACGGAGGUGGUAGUGGACUGAAGAACACCGAACUGGCUCUGCUGAUUCUGGGAGCGUUGAUGCCGCUGUUCCUGACCGUUGGACACCACCACUAGAUACUAGAGAAGGAGACCAGAUGACGAGGUUAAUCGAAACAUUGCCAAAUUUUUUUAAUGAAAAGGUGAGCAGAGUGCGAUCAGAAGGGUUUAUUAGAACCGUUUCCAUCAGAACUUACGCCUAGCUUCCACAUACAUGAUGCAAAGGACAAUUAUUUAUUACUUUUAUUGACGAGUGGCUUAAUAUGCAUGUUUCUUUCAGAAUAUUUUUAGAAAUCACAGUACACAGGUCUGCAAAAUGUUAAUGGAGGUGUCCGGCUAUUUGGCCGAACGCCGUUUGGCCGAAUGCCGUUUGGCCGAACGCCAUUUGGCCGAAUGCCAUCUGGCCGAAAGGGUCGUUUGGCCGAAUGCCGUUUGGCCGAAUCAUGAUCAAAAGAAUUCAGAGGAAGUUUUUGACAUUCUAACUGCCAAUAUGAUUAUCAGAAGUAUUUCCUUCUUUUUAUCAUAGGCUAUUCUUUCUAGUUUUAAUAUUCAGGGAUUAGUUGGCGUUGAAACUGUCAAUAUAUCAUCGAAGAUUUUUCCUUCUUUGAAUCAUAGGCUGUUCUUUCGAGGUAUACUGGGACCGGGAACAGUGGUAUGGUCACUU